GGCGCCGGAGUCCGUCGCCGCGGGGGGCCGGGCCGAGGGGCCUCUGCCUGCUGCCUCCCGGCCGGCCGCACCUGUCGGGAGCGAGCGCGGCGCGGGCUCGGGAGGCCGGGCCAGUCCGGCAGGUGCGGCGGCGCGGGCGCUGAGCGGGCAGGGGUCGUCCGGCGGUCGGCUCUUCGCCUCGGUGGCCUCUGCCUAACUGCACUCCCGCCUCUUUGUUCGGUCGGAGCCUCCGGGGAGGCUCUGGCCUUGGGAAACCCGACACUGGAGAGCACACCUCCCUCCUCUUCCUCCUCCCACGGUCGGGCGCGCUCCUCAGGGUGCAGGGAGAGACUGGGGCGGCCCGCCGGCCAGGGGCUGCGGACUCCGCUCGGGACCCUCCCUGCCUCCCCGGAUCGCUUUUGCCCACUUGGUCUAAUGGAUCUCUUUGAGACGCACUCCUUGGCUGGACCCGUAGACUUCUCCAGCAAACGGCCUGUAUUGGUUCUUCAGAAUGAAGCGCUCUAUCCACAGCGGCGCUCCUACACUAGUGAGGAUGAAGCCUGGAAAUCUUUCCUGGAAAACCCUCUCACUGCAGCAACCAAAGCCAUGAUGAGCAUCAACGGUGAUGAAGACAGCGCGGCUGCCCUGGGCCUGCUCUAUGACUAUUACAAGGUUCCAAGAGAGAGAAGGUCUUCAACAGUAAAGUCAGAUGUUGAGCAUCCAGAGCCAGAUCACAGCAAAAGAAACAGCAUACCAGUAGUGGCAGAGCAGCCCCUCAUUUCUGCUGGAGAAAACAGAGUGCAAGUACUGAAAAAUGUGCCGUUUAACAUUGUCCUUCCCCACGGCAAUCAGCUGGGCAUUGAUAAGCGAGGCCACCUCACUGCUCCUGAUACGACAGUCACGGUCUCCAUAGCAACAAUGCCUACUCACUCCAUCAAGACUGAAACCCAGCCACAUGGCUUUGCUGUGGGAAUACCCCCCACAGUAUACCACCCCGAGCCCACCGAGCGGGUGGUAGUUUUCGACCGUAACCUCAAUCCUGACCAGUUCAGCUCUGGUGCUCAACCCCCAAAUGCUCAACGGCGGACUCCGGACUCUACUUUCUCAGAGACCUUCAAGGAGGGCGUUCAGGAGGUUUUCUUCUCCUCGGAUCUCAGUCUGCGGAUGCCUGGGAUGAAUUCAGAGGACUAUGUUUUUGACAGUGUUUCUGGGAACAACUUUGAAUAUACUCUAGAAGCUUCAAAAUCGCUUCGCCAGAAGCCAGGAGAUAGCACGAUGACAUACCUGAACAAAGGCCAGUUCUACCCUGUCACCUUGAAGGAGGUGAGCAGCAAUGAAGGGAUUCAUCACCCCAUCAGCAAAGUCCGAAGCGUAAUCAUGGUGGUUUUUGCUGAAGACAAAAGCAGAGAAGAUCAGUUAAGGCAUUGGAAGUACUGGCACUCCCGCCAGCACACGGCCAAACAAAGGUGCAUUGACAUAGCUGACUACAAAGAAAGCUUCAACACCAUCAGCAACAUUGAGGAGAUCGCUUAUAAUGCUAUUUCCUUCACUUGGGACAUUAACGAUGAAGCGAAGGUUUUCAUCUCCGUGAACUGCUUAAGCACAGAUUUCUCCUCUCAGAAGGGCGUGAAGGGGUUGCCUCUGAACAUUCAAAUUGACACCUACAGUUACAACAACCGCAGCAACAAGCCAGUGCACCGGGCCUACUGCCAGAUAAAGGUCUUCUGUGACAAGGGAGCCGAACGGAAAAUCAGGGAUGAAGAACGAAAGCAAAGCAAGAGAAAAGUUUCAGAUGUUAAAGUGCCACUGCUUCCUUCUCACAAACGCAUGGACAUCACGGUUUUCAAACCCUUUCUUGAUCUCGACACUCAGCCUGUCCUCUUCAUUCCUGACGUGCACUUUGCCAGCCUUCAGCGAGGCACUCAUGUCCUUCCCAUUGCGUCAGAGGAGUUGGAGGGUGAAGGCUCCUCCUUGAAAAGAGGGCCAUACGGCACGGAAGAUGACUUUGCCGCCCCACCGCCAGCUAAGCUGACCCGGAUAGAGGAACCAAAGAGAGUGCUGCUCUACGUUCGAAAGGAGUCAGAAGAAGUCUUUGAUGCCCUCAUGCUCAAGACCCCGUCUUUAAAGGGCUUGAUGGAAGCUAUCUCAGAUAAAUAUGAUGUUCCCCAUGACAAGAUUGGGAAGAUAUUCAAGAAGUGUAAAAAGGGGAUCCUGGUGAACAUGGAUGACAACAUUGUGAAGCAUUACUCCAAUGAGGACACCUUCCAGCUACAGAUCGAAGAAGUGGGGGGGUCGUACAAGCUCACCCUGACAGAGAUCUAGAGGCCAGACACCCGCAGCCCCCACUAGUUCUAGAAGGUGUUACUAGAUCAUACAGUUUGGCCACGGCUUCCCCAGUCGGCACUGCAGAAACAGGUGACAUCAAGGGAAGGGCUUCCUUUCGAGUUGGAGAUGGAGCUGCAUUGGGCUUGGAAAUAGCAUUUAAGUUAUUACAUUGGCAUUUUUCAGAUGACAGAGAAAUCCAUAUACCAUUGUGUUUGCAUUUUCUGAUAUAUUUAGGAUUAAAGAUAAAACUUUGUUCCAGAGCCUUAACAGAGUCUCUGGUAACUUUUAGGAUACCCAAUACCUUAUUUAUCAAAAUACUAAGGGGUCUGCCUUGUCCCUGCAGUAUUGGUGGGCCUGCUCACUAAUUGAAGUCAGAAGGAACAACAAGUGUGGCUUUAAGGACACUGUGUCCUUGCCUGAACUCUGUAACUCCCACUGCCCCAGGUUAGUGGGAGCACCUGAGGGGCACAGGGCUGAGUCUUUUCUCCCUUAGCCUCUCAUCUUCCAAUAAAUGUUUACUAAAAUAGGGCAUGUUACUGAAAUCUUCCUUUGCAACUUUCUUGGACAUAUUAACUGCCUUUCUUAUGAAGAAUUUAAAUGGGUUACAGUAUGAAAUCAAUUAAGAUAAAGCUGCAGUGUAUAUAAGUGCAAUAUAUUUUUGAAGGUCUUGUCUGUAAAUGUGUACAUACAUGUCUUAUAUAAAUAUAUAAUAUAUAAAUAUGGUGUCUGUGUACAUAUAGUGAAGCAUGCAGUCAGAUCUACCUUAAAGACUUUCUCUAGACAAAAGGGUAAGUUAUUUUUGAUAAUGUAUACCAAGCAGAUAGAAUUCUGUGUUUAGUAGAACCCACUUAAAACCUUUUUCUCUGUUUUCCCAAACACGAACAGUCAUGCUGUAGCAUAGCAAAACCUUCUCAAGUGACAGAGAUUCUCUUUGUUAGUGAGAAUGUUACCAUUUGGAUUUCUGCACUGUUUAACAAAUGAAGUAAAAGAAAAACACUACUAUUCUUGUCUGUUGUAUAUGCCACUGUCAGCAGAUGUGCUCAUACAGAGUGAACGAACACGUAUUAACAGAGUGCGCACGUGUUGUAAUUGUUGUGUACCAAGCGAUACAGCUCAAAGUGAAGUUCUUCCUGAUCUUCCUGUUACAAGAAAUGAUUGUUAUUCUAUCCUGUUCAGAGCCUUCAGCUUUAUCUUUUAUGUUAACAAUUCAAAAAGCAUUCAUGAAUUUAUGAGAAUAUAUUUCCAUGGCAGGGGAAUGUUUUGUAUACAUGUUUAAAUAUGUUAAAAUACUGAAAAGUAUAAUUUUAUAACAAAUAAAAUCACGGGUAUCUUUAGGUUCAGGGAACUAGAAUAGGUCAUUUGUAUAAGUAGGAUUGAUAGUUAGCAGCCUUAGGUUAAAAUAUUCUAAUAAAGUAUGUGAACUAAAUUGCUAGUUUUCUAAGAUAAGAUAUUAUGGGAUAUGGGUCAUAUAGCUAUUUUAUAAUUUUAUGAAAUUGAUUUUGUCUUGUUUGGUGUUUUUAAUUAUAUCAUCAAAGAUGUACUUUAAACCAAAGGGGAUUAAAUUUUAUAUGUCUAUUUC